AUGGAGGACAAGAAGAAGGACCUGCUACGGCGGCUGACCAUCAUCUCCAUCCCGUUCGUGUUCGUGGCGAUCCCAUCCAUCGUCAUCUUCGUGGGCAUGCUGUCCCCGCACGCGGCGGGGCCCAAGGUGGCGGUGGCGUCGCCGGAGCAGAACCACACGGUGGGGAUGCUGAGCACCAUGACCGGCGGGCAGAUGAUCCUGAGCUGCCGCGCCGCCUUCGCCGGCAACUGGGAGUACUUCCACUACUUCAUCCUGGACCCCUACAAGCCGCAGCACGCCUUCUUCCAGCCCCAGACCGACCACUACGCCAUCCUCUGCAAGUGGGGCUACAUGGGCAACUUCCUCCAGGACGUGGUCGUCUUCAACAGCAGCGAGCCCUACGCCAAGCUCUGCGCCGUCAACGCCGGCGGGUGCCGCUACCUGUUCCAGGAUGGCCAGAUGUUCCUCGUCACCGGGAGGCACGCCACCAAGGCCGCGCCGUGGCAGCACCGGGAGAAGAAGCUCAUCGGAGACGUGCUGCUCAGAGACUGCAAGCACAUCCUCGGCAUCUUCCCCACCAUGUGCCACUACACCAAACACGACCACCAGUACGUCGGCAAGAUCAUCAGCCGGUGGAGCUGGUGGUUCAACUACUAG